CCUAAUCAUCAUUAGAAAAAAAUUGCCUAAUCAGGCAUUGGAACAGGCUGCCCUAGGAAGUGGUGGAAUUUCCAUCCCUGGAUAUGUUCAAAAGGCAUGCCGAUUUGGCACUUGAGGAUAUGGUUUAGUGGUGAACACAGCCACGCUGCAUUAACAGCUGGACUCAAUGAUCUUAGUGGCCUUUUCCAACCUUAAGAAUUCUAUUAUUCCAUUUCUUUUUACAAUCUAGAUUUUAUCCAUCUCUCCAGCCAUAUUCUUGAAAGGUGUUUACUUCUCCAACAUCUGGGAAGCUAUUUACCUUUUAUAUUUGUUCACUUUUUCUCUUGUUUUCUGUGGUUGCUUGUUUAGUUAUUCCAGCCUCCUCCACAGGUCUCCUUUCCCUUCUUCCUAUUGCAUAGUCCAUCUUUUCCUGUCAGUUCCACUUCUCUCCUCCUAAACUCCACUCACAAAUUCUUCUGUUUCUUCACUCUCCCACUCCAAACACAUCAGCACAUUCUUCCCUACACAUCAGCAAAGACUUGGGGAACUUUGAGCAAGACAUCUAUUAUUUUCAUAUCAGUGUCAUUUUGCAGGUAAAAAGAACAAAAUAUUUCUCAUCCGCAUGGACCCGUCUUCUCCCCUUCCUGCUUCUGCAGCUAAAUGUAAUGCUAUUUCUGUUUUCAGGUUCCACAUUACAAGAACUAACCUGCAUUAUAUCCAGAAACCUUCCAAAUAACAAUGGCCAGACUGUUGCAAGAUACAUCUAAAUUUCAUCCCUCAGAAUGGUACACUGCAAACAGGAUGCAGCGUGCCAGUACAGAGUCCCAGAAAUCCAGGUCAGAAUGUGUGACAGCUGAGAGUUGGAGGCUGGUGGAUGAAAUCGAAAAGACAACUCAAAAAACCCAAAGCGAUGUCAAUAAGAAAAUAGAACAGAGACGGGAAGAAAUAAAAUUCUGGAAGCAAGAACUAGAUAACAGGCUAGAACAAAUUGUUCAUGAGACAGACGUAUUGUUGACUUUCAAGAAUAGGCUGGAGAGAGCUUUGGAGAGCUGCAAAGAGCCACUUGUCGUUGCCCAAAAGUGUCUCCUGUACAGGCAGAGGAGAGUUGGGAUUGACUUGGUGCAUGAUGAAGUGGAACAGGAACUACUGAAGGAAGCUGAAGUCCUCCAGGGGAUUAUUGCUUUACUUGGACGUACAUUGGAACAAACCAAUGAGCAAAUCAGACGAAACCGUUCAGCAAAAUACAACCUGGAAAUGGAUCUGAAGGACAAAUUCACAGCUUUGACGAUUGAUGAUUACUGUGCUAGCUUGACAAACGACACUCCUCAUAUCAUAUAUGCUGACAAUGCAAUGAAACUGGAAGGAAAUUUUGUUAGCCCUGAGGACUGGAUAGAUUUCUCAAACAUAAAUGUUGAAAAGGCUGACAAGCAAAGAAACAAUUCUUUGGCACUGAAGGCGCUUAUCGAUAGCAUUCUCUCACAGACGGCAAAUGACAUGUGCAAGCAAUGUGAGAUGGUGAAUGUUGCUUUUAGAAAUAGGGUGAAGGAAGUCAAGGAUGCCAAGCACAAGCUAGAGACAUUUCUUGCAAUGGUAAUGGAUGAGACUGCCUCACAGGAGAAGAACAUUGCAGCCUUAAAGAAAGCAAUUGCUGAUAAAGAAGGACCUGUAAAAGUGGCUCAAACCCGCUUGGAAGCAAGAAACCAUCGCCCCAAUGUGGAACUGUGCUAUGACACAGUGCAUUGCAGCCUGAUGAAUGAAGUUCAAGAGAUUACCAAAAAUAUUCAAAGAUUAAAGGAUGCAUUGGCACAGGCUGAGACAGAGCUGAAACGCCUGAGCUGCCGACAGCUUUCCUUGGAGGAAGAGAUCAAGGUCAAGGAGAAUACACUGUACAUUGAUGAAGUGCUGUGCAUGCAAAUGAGAGAGUCUCUUUACAUAAACAAUUACUGAAGUCAUCAUACUGGGGGAUUGUGCUCCAAAGAACCAGCUCCUGCUGAAAUUUUAUUUACAAACUUCCAAAUUUAUUGGCUUGGCUCAAUGCUGUCUAGUUGUGCAAGGUAAUUAAAACAGACCUAGUACUUACAGCUAUCUGUUUCACAGCUAUCUAUGCUCUAAAACAUUUGAUGAAAUCUUCCACUUGGCAAUAAAAUUCCAGAAUAAUGAGAAA